UUGACAUGGUUUUGUUUGUGUAGCUGAAUUGGAAAAGUGUCUGCGUUGAAGUGUAAAGAGGUUUAUUUCAAGACUUGAGGUUUAUUUCCUACAAGAGAACAAAUAAGCAAAUAAAACUCAAGGAGAUGAGAGAAAACUCAAAAGAGGAAUAAAGAGAGAAGAGAGAAAGAGAGAGAUGUUGAACAAGGUGAGGGGUCUGUUCUUUGUGGCUAUUCUCUCCCUUGUAUAUACUCAGCUGAUCAAAGGGAUAUCUUUGCCCGGCUGCACAGAUAGGUGUGGUAACACCACAAUCUUGUACCCUUUUGGAAUUUCUGCAGGUUGCUACUAUCCCGGAGAUCAAAGUUUCCAACUCACCUGUAACGAAAGAAAUAACAAGUUAAUCUUUGGCGGCAAUGAAGUGAUCAACAUAUCUCACAGCGGCGAGCUACGUGUCUUGAAUACUAGAUCCUAUGUUUGCUACAAUAGGCAAGGAGAACAAAUUGGCCGCCAAAACCGGUGGUCUAGGCUGGGUAAUUUAACAUUCUCCGUCAAGAACAGAUUUACUGCAGUAGGCUGUGACACUUAUGCCUUUCUGAACACUAAUGGACUUGGAAAUUACUCAACUGGAUGUAUGUCAACAUGUGUUUCUCCCAGGGAAACAAAUGGAUCAUGUUCUGGUGGAGGUUGCUGCCAGACUUCUGUCCCUAGAGGGAGCAAUUACUUUAGAGUCAGAGCAUAUAGCUUUUCCAACCAUUCUUCUGUGUAUCCCUUCAACCGCUGCAGCUACGCCUUUCUAGUCGAAGAUGGUAUGUUUAACUUCAAGUCUUUAGAAGAUCUUAAGAAUUUGCGGAAUAUCAAAAGGUUCCCUGUGGUACUGGAUUGGUCUAUUGGUAAACAGACAUGCGAGCAAGUAGGACGCGAAAGCAUAUGCCGUGGGAACAGUAUAUGUUCCAACUCUGUUCGUGGAACCGGGUAUAUCUGCAUAUGUAAAAAAGGGUUUGAUGGCAAUCCAUACCUUUCAGAUGAAAACGGCUGCCAAGACAUCAAUGAAUGUACGACUACCAGUACUAUCCAUAGACAUAACUGUUCAGGUUCCAGCACCUGUGAAAACACGAUGGGACACUUCCUUUGUAAUUGCCCAUCUGGUUCUGACUUAAAUACUACCACCAAUAGCUGCAGCCGUAAAGACAGGCCUGAAUACUAUGGAUGGACUAAAAUUUUUCUUGGAACUAGCAUCGGCUUCUUGGUCCUCCUACUUGUCGUUAGCUGUAUACAACAGAAAAUGAAAAACCGGAAGGACACCCAGCUCCGUCAACAAUUCUUCGAGCAAAAUGGCGGUGGCAUGUUGGUACAGCGGCUCUCAGGAGCAGAGUCAUCAAACUUUGAUGUUAAAAUCUUUACUGAGGAAGGCAUGAAGGAAGCAACUAAUGGUUAUGAUGAGAGCAGAAUCCUUGGUCAGGGAGGACAAGGAACAGUCUACAAAGGGAUAUUCCAGGACGAGUCCAUAGUUGCUAUAAAGAAAGCUCGGCUUGGAGACAAUAGCCAAGUAGAGCAAUUCAUCAACGAAGUGCUCGUGCUUUCACAAAUCAACCAUAGGAACGUGGUCAAGCUCGUAGGCUGCUGUCUAGAGACAGAAGUUCCCUUAUUGGUCUAUGAGUUCAUUACCAGUGGCACCCUUUUUGAUCACUUGCACGGUUCAUUGUUUGAUUCUUCUCUUACAUGGGAACACCGUCUGAGAAUAGCCAUAGAAAUUGCUGGAACUCUCUCAUAUCUUCACUCCUCUGCUUCUAUUCCAAUAAUCCACCGCGAUAUCAAGACUGCUAAUAUUCUUUUAGAUGACAAUUUAACUGCAAAGGUAGCUGACUUUGGGGCAUCAAGGCUAAUACCGAUGGAUAAAGAGCAGCUGACAACAAUGGUGCAAGGCACUCUCGGCUACUUAGACCCAGAAUACUACAACACAGGAUUGCUAAACGAAAAGAGCGAUGUUUAUAGUUUUGGGGUGGUCCUCAUGGAACUGCUCUCGGGCCAAAAAGCAUUGUGCUUUGAAAGGCCACAAACCUCAAAACAUAUAGUGAGUUACUUUGCUGCUGCCAUGAAAGAGAAUAGGUUGCACGAGAUUAUUGACAGCCAAGUGAUGAACAAGGAUAAUUUGAGGGAGAUCCAGGAAGCUGCAAGAGUUGCAAUUGAAUGUACAAGAGUGACGGGAGAAGAAAGGCCAAGGAUGAAGGAAGUAGCUGCAGAGCUAGAGGCCCUGAGAGUCACAAAAACUAAACAUAAGUGGUCAGAUCAGUAUCCUGAAGCAGAAGAUAUUGAGCACUUGCUCGGUGUUGAAAUCCUAUCAGCACAAGGCGAAACCAGUAGCACUGACUACGACAGUAUCAAGAAUGUAGCAAGGUUGAACAUUGAAGCUGGUCGCUGAUAUUUUCGAUAAAUAUCUCUUUUGUUUGUGAUAAACUAAAGCUAUUUCUUUAUUGCUUCUUUGUCCUCCUAAACAUUUUAUAAACCAGAGUAUAAAUAAAUAACAUGACAUUCAAGAACA